AUGGCUCCGAACUUGGUGACCGGCGACGGCGACCUUCCGAAAGUGGUCCUGCGCUGCGGGGAUGAGCCAGGGGGGGACAAGGCGGAGGUGUACCUGCACGGCGCGCACGUCACGUCUUGGAUCCCUGAGGCGACGGGCAAGGAGAUGAUCUUUGUGAGCAAGGAUGCCAUAUUCAAACCACCCAAGGCCAUCAGAGGAGGUGUGCCCGUCUGCUUCCCCCAGUUCAGUGACAUGGGCCCACUUGGAGCACAUGGUUUUGCCCGAAACUCAGCCUUCGAGGUUCAAGAUGGAGAGUCUGAUCAGGUCACCCUUGCUCUCAGACCAUCAGAGGAAGACUUGGAAAGAUGGCCCCAAAAGUUUGAGCUGAGGAUCACAGUGGCCCUGUCGCCUGGUUGCUUGACCCAAACUAUGGAGGUGCAGAACAUGGGCUCGUCUGCUAUGGAGUUCACCUGUGCCCUCCACACCUAUUUUCGUGUUGAAGAUGUGACCAAUGCGCAAGUCAAGGGCCUCCGGGGACUGACAUACUUGGACAACCUUCAGAGUCGAGAAAGAUUCACAGAGGCCAACGCGUGCGUUGAGUUUUCAGGCGAGGUUGAUCGUAUCUAUUGUGGUGCACCAGACACAAUAGACCUUGUGGACGGCGCAGCUGGGCACAGUGUUGUGAUAGAGAAGACUGGGUUCCCUGAUGCUGUAGUGUGGAACCCCUGGGUGGAUAAAGCAGCAUCCUUGAAAGAUUUUGGUGAUGAAGAGUACAAAGAGAUGGUGUGCAUUGAACCGGCAGUGGCGGGGAGCGAUCCCAUAAGUCUGGACGCAGGAAAGAUGUGGACUGCUGUCCAGAAGUUCAUGACGAGAUAG